GCCGCUCGCGCUCCGGCAGCCGCCGCCGCCGCCAUGAGCCGCGCCAAGUUCAUCGAUAUUGGUAUUAACCUGACAGAUCCUAUGUUCAGAGGAAUCUACAGAGGAACACAAAAACAUCAAGAUGAUUUCUUGGACGUGGUAGAGAGAGCAGUCAAAGUUGGUGUUAAAAAGUUUUUGAUUACAGGUGGGAGUCUGCAAGACAGUAAAGAUGCGGUGCAGCUGGCACAGACAAACGACAUGUUUUACAGUACAGUUGGCUGUCAUCCUACCCGCUGUGGAGAGUUUGAGCAGAGUAGCCCUGAACAGUAUUUAUCUGAAUUAAAAAAGCUGAUUGAAAAAAAUAAGACAAAGGUAAUAGCAGUUGGAGAAUGUGGUUUAGAUUUUGAUAGAUUAGAAUUUUGCCCAAAGGACAUCCAACUCAAGUAUUUUGAAAAACAAUUUGAGCUGUCAGAACAGACACAACUGCCCAUGUUUCUCCACUGUAGGAACUCACACGCUGAAUUUUUAGACAUAAUGAGAAGAAACCGUGAUAGAUGUGUAGGAGGGGUGGUACAUUCGUUUGAUGGCACAAAGGAAGAAGCAGCAGCUAUAUUAGAUUUGGAUCUUUAUAUUGGCAUAAAUGGCUGCUCAUUGAAAACAGAAGCCAACUUGGAAACACUGAAAUCAAUUCCUAGUGAACGAUUAAUGAUAGAGACAGACGCGCCUUGGUGUGGAGUGAAAAAUACUCAUGCCGGAUCAAAGUACAUUAAAACUACAUUUCCUACAAAAAAGAAAUGGGAAAUAGGGCACUGCUUGAAGGACAGAAAUGAACCCUGCCAUAUAAUUCAAAUACUGGAAAUAAUGGCGGCAGUAAGAGAAGAUGACCCACUUGAGUUGGCCAAUACUCUAUAUAACAACACUAUUAAAGUCUUCUUUCCAAAUAUAUAAAGUUGUUCUUCUUAAAUUUAUUCAGCAUAACUUCUGUAAAUAUAUUGCAAAAAACUUAAAAAUUAUCCUAUCUGCAAGUUCUUAUCCAUGGAAGCCAAUAUGUAGUGCACGCUUUUUUUUUUUAUGGUACAAGAUUAAAGCUGCUUUUGAAAAGGUGGUCUGCAUUUGUACAGUUUCUCAGCCCUGUUUCCCUUGCAUCAAGAUUCAGGAUCAAUUUCAAGGAGAGCCCAAGCCAGCAGCUCUCCUUAAUACCUGUAAUGCCUUAAAAAGUGAGUCCCAGGCUGCCAGGUUCACAGGUGGAGCACUUCAAGCUCCUACUGGUAAUUCCGCAGCGUUUAACGCAUCAAUGGCAUGCUCUGCUGUACCAGAAAGCUUAGCAGUUUCAUCUUUUGUUCCAUAUAUGCAAAUGCUAUAAUAUUAAGUCUACCAACCUAAAUUUUUAUUUAUUUUUAUUUUUUAGAAACACACCUCACUAGUUUUUAGCAAUAAAGCUCUGCUAAUACUGAA